AUGUCUGAUUGGGUGGUUAAACAUGCUGGUAACUACAUUGGAAAGUUCGUUAAGUCGGACCCCAAAAAUUUCAUUGGCAUAUGGCGGGAUUAUCUUAGAGUUCGGUUUACAAUUGACAUCAACAAACCUCUUAAACGACGCAUGAAGUUGAUUAAAAAAGAUGGUACUUGGAUAUGGACUACAUUCAAGUAUGAACAUGUUCCUCUAUUUUGUUUCAUUUGUGGUCUUAUUGGCCAUUCAGAAAGGUUUUGUCCACGGAGAUUUGAUUCUAAUUUCGAUCAAAAUGUUAAGCCUUAUGGGGAAUGGAUGAAAGUUGUUACUAGAAAGAAGAACUACCUCAUAGGUGCGCAAUGGUUGCGUUCAGGCCAUGAUGAGGAGAAGAGUGCGGUGGCCAGUAGUGGACUGCCCAUAAGCACGGAGGAGGUGAUGGAUAUUAAUUAUCGAAUCAGAAUUCAAUCUGAUGGCAAUAAUUCUGGUGCUAAAGGGGGUGCUAAUCAAGCUCCUAAUGGUGGAGUAAAUCAAGGGAAGACAACCAUGCAUAUUAAUGAAAAUCAAGACAAUGAGGAUGUACAGUUGGAAGAUCAAAAUGAAGAUUCUGUUAUUAUUUUAGAUAAUAAGAGGAGAUGUACUAAUAAGGAAAAUAUAAAGGAGAUUGAUGAUGCUGAUAGUAAUAUGGGCGGGUUGGAGAAUUUGAAUGAAGAGCCAAAAAACGAUUUACAGCCCAAAGUUGUUUUUCUGUGUGAAACGUUAGCACGAACUGAAGUGCUGGAAAGACUGCGUGUGUCGUUGGGUUUUGGGGGAGUUUUUUCAGUUGAUGCAAGAGGGAAAAGUGGAGGUGUAGCUUUGUUGUGGAGGGAUAGUGAUGAUAUCAAAGUUCUGGGGUAUGGGGUGAACUAUAUCGAUGCUGAAGUCACUGAGAAGGAUGGGAAUUGUUGGCGACUUACAGGGCUAUACGGUGAGCCAAACCGAAGUCUUCGUCGGAAUACCUGGGAUCAAAUUCGCACUCUUAUGGCUUUGUAUGCACUACCUUGGUGUAUUAUUGGGGACCUCAAUAAUGUUAUCUCACAAUCAGACAAGAGGGGAGGUAAUCCUUAUCCAACUUGGUUGAUUGAUGGUUUUGGUAAUAUGUUGGAAGACUGUAAUUUGGUUGAUAUGGAUUUGUGUGGAUAUCCAUAUACUUGGGAGAAGGGUCGGGGUACACAAGCUUGGAUUCAAGUGCGUAUUGACCGGGCUUUAGUCUCUCCAAGUUGGUUUCAUGUUUUUCCUUCAGCUAAGUUAAUUAACUUAGAGGUUUCAACAUCGGACCACUGUCCAAUUCAAUUACUUCUUGAUGUUGUGAAGAGGACUGAGGUUCAAAAGAAAUUUAGAUUCGAAAAUCUAUGGCUCAGGGAGCCUGCUUGUGCGCAAAUCGUCAAAGACACCUGGGAGCUUCUUUCGGGUUGUUCAAUAAUCGAAAAGAUUAGCUUCUGUGGUGACAAGUUAAUGGUGUGGGGAAAGGACUAUGUAGGAAAUUUCAAGGAUCGUAUACGAGAUUGCAAAACUGAGAUUCGAAAAUGGAAUGGAGGCAGAGAUGAUGCUUCGAUUCGAAAUUACAAAAGUGUUGAGGCACGGUUGCAAGAGGUUCUGAUUCAAAAAGAGAUUUUUUGGCGCCAGAGAUCGAAAAAAUUGUGGCUAAAGGAGGGAGAUCAGAAUUCCAAGUAUUUUCAUGCUAUGGCCACUUCAAGAAGAAGGAAUAACUCAAUCCAGCGGCUGAAAAACGAGCAGGGGGUAUGUAAAGACCGCUUAGUUUAA